AUGAAGUUCCACAUAAUUGGUAUGAUUUUUACUGCGGCUAUGGGAGUGGCUGCUUUGCCUGUUAUAAACUCUCCAGUCCAGCUGCAAGUUAGAGAUGGCGCAGAUACGGAAGGUCCCGAUGGCGAUUGGGAAUUGCUAAAGAAAGCCAGCAUCUCAGAGGCGAAACUCUGA